AGCAGAAGUGAAAGCAUGAGAAUAAAACAGCGAGUGGAGAAAGUUUCAUUUUCCCGGAAGACAGCUGGCUUCACGAGACGCAAUGCCAGGGACGUCGCGCGUGUUCAGUCGAAGUUAUCAAUCCACAGCAGACAUGACCCAAACGCGAACUAACGGAGGGCGGAUGAAUGAGUUCUACACUGUUCUGACUGGAGAAACUCUUGGGGUUCAUACGGAAUUCAUUAAAAAACAUACACAUAAUGCUCAGAUUGAAGUGGCGUCAUAUAUGCUAUGUGGUUACAUCCUGGCUUUCUGUCCAAUUGUCUCACGAGCUGGGACUGACAUUGAGGCGGCAAUGCGAGUGAUUCCAGCUGGUAAACCAGUGAUUCUGGUGGUGCUACAUAACACCUUCAACCCAGACAAACCUGUAGUUGAAAGCAGUGGAAUGGUGACCAGGCAGGAUAUAGUACUCACUGUGGACUGCCUGUUCCAUGACGGCAAGCUCUUGAAAUGUCCCCGCAAUAAAGCAGCAUUCAAUAGUGUUGCAAACCUUGUUCGACAGUGGUAUCCCAAGAUGUCUCGCAGAUGCAAUUGGUUCGCUUGGUUUUACUUUUAUUGGCAAAAACCAGCUUUCAAGUGUGGCUCCAUAAUCCUUGGUGUAUCAUUGGCUGCAUUGGUUAUCUGGGGAAUUGUGGCUGCAAGUGAAGGAAUAAACUAAAGAAGACCUGUAACAAGAUGCAUAACAACAGUGCUUUAGUUUGAGCAGCCGUGUAAUAUGUUGUCAAACGACUUGAAACACCAGUGAGGCUGAAAUGUGAAUUCCAAUGCUAUACACGAUUAUCAUUCUUGUGAUUCACAGAGAACAAACUACAGCGAUGUAGGACAUGAUAUAGCUAGCUAUUGUGGCUGAUGAACGUAAAAUUACUAUUAUCAUCAACAACAUGAUCGUACAUAACAGCUACCUUCUUAGCUUACUUAGUCGAACACUAGUCGCCAUUUAUCCAUCUGCGUCAGGGAAUAAAAGCUAAUUAAUUGUACUUGGUUGCAGAAACUAGAUUGAACUUGUAACCGAUUUGUUAGCAAGAAACAGUUGCAUUAUAUAAGCACAAAGAACGAUGUUAUCACAUUUCCAGUGUGUCAUAAUAAAAAAUAUCUCCUUGGUUUGUCAUAAAAUUCCUUAUUGUC